CAGCGCCGAUGGUCGGAAAUUCCAUGGCUUAUGGUCAAAACCUUCUCGGGCGUGGAUCACGUUUCUGCGCUCCUCGUGCCUUAUGGCAGCACCUUCCCGACAGCUGUGGGGACGACAGCCAGGAUAUUCGGCGUGUCGGCUGCCGCGCUGGCCCCGGACUUGUCGACUCUGCUCCUUCUCUGCGACCGGGGAGAGAUCUUCGAGGCGACGGUGGCAUUUGGCAACCGCAGCAUCAGCUUCUCGUCCCUGUCCUGGAAGGACCGGCGAGAACUUCUGGGUCGAGACAGGAACGGCGAGUCCAUCACUCUGGAUGCGGAGGGCCUCACCGUC